AUGGAAGGCGAAAAGAGAGAGACAUUUGGAUCCUCCAGGGAGUCCAAAGCUUCGGCUCUUGGGCUCGAGGACCUCUAUGUCGAAGACGAACCAUCCAGCUCAACGCAAGCCGAAGACCAGACACCGCCCGAGUACACACCUCAAUACACUCCACAACGCCAAUGGCCAAUGCCCCUCAACAUCGUAGUCCAGGUCGUCGGCUCUCGAGGCGACGUCCAACCCUUCCUCGCCCUCGCAUCCGCCCUUCAGAAAGCAGGCCACCGCGUCCGCAUCGCAACGCAUCCGCAGUUCUCCGCCUUUGUCCUUGAGUCUAACAACUCCGUCCCGAACUCUCCGAACAAAAUCGAGUUCUUCCCCGUCGGCGGCGACCCGGCCGACCUCAUGGCCUACAUGGUCGAGUCACCCUCCCUGAUCCCCAAAAUGUCGCAGAUCCGCGCAGGCAUCAUCCAGCGGAAGCGCGACAUGUACGUCGAGAUGCUCGACGGCUUCUGGCGGUCCUGCGUCCACCCGGAUCCCCUUUCCAACGUUCCCUUUGUCGCCGAUGCCAUUAUUGCCAACCCGCCGAGCUUUGCCCAUGUGCACUGCGCCCAGGCGCUGGGGAUCCCGGUGCAUUUGAUGUUUACGAUGCCGUGGAGCAGCACCAAGGCGUUUCCGCAUCCGUUGGCGAAUAUUGGAUUCUCAAAAGCGGAUAAGAAGAGCACAAAUCAUGCUUCGUAUGCUGCUGUUGAGUUUCUGACGUGGCAGGGCCUGGGAGAUCUUGUUAAUGUGUGGCGAGUCCAGUCACUUGGAUUGGAACCUGUUCCGUCUACUGAGGGACAUCGUAUAUUGGAAAGUCUGCAAGUCCCAUUUACAUACUGUUGGUCGCCAUCCCUCGUGCCCAAGCCCAGCGACUGGGGUCCGCACAUUGACAUCAGUGGCUUCUUCUUCCGCGAUCCUGCACCGUACACGCCACCUCCCGACCUCGAAGCCUUCCUCAAGGCCGGCCCACCACCCAUAUACGUCGGAUUCGGGAGUAUUGUGGUUGGCGGAAUCGGUGGCCUCAUGACCAUGGUCCUCAGCGCAAUCAAGGCGACAGGAGUCAGAGCCAUUAUUUCGAGAGGCUGGAGCAAUUUGAACGGCGAGGAGUCAGACAACGUGUUUUACGUGGGCGAUUGCCCACACGAGUGGCUAUUCCAGCAAGUCGCCGCCGUCAUUCACCACGGCGGCGCCGGUACUACAGCCUGCGGACUGAGAUACGGAAAGCCUACGACCAUUGUUCCCUUCUUUGGAGACCAACCGUUCUGGGGCGCCGUCGUAGCAGAAGCCGGCGCAGGACCAGACCCCAUCCCCUACCGCUCCCUCACAUCCCAAAAGUUGAUCCAGGCCAUCCAGCUCUGCCUUUCCCCGGACGCCGUCCGCUCGGCCAGAAAGCUCGCCGACGCAAUGCAGAGGGAGAACGGCGUCCAGGCUGCCGUCGACGCCUUCCAUGCCAACCUGCCGCAGUCGAAAAUGGGCUGCGAUUUCUUCUCCGACCAGCCCGCGGCGCUGGUCUACGGCAGAGGCAAGAAGCAGGUCAAGAUGUGUAGACCCGUCGCGUCCAUCCUGGUCAAGAAUGGUAAACUGCAGCGGAAGCAGCUCAAGUCAUACCGAUCGAAACCGACAAACAUCGAGAACCAGAGAUGGGACCCUCUGACGGCAGUAUCAGCAGCCUCCCUCUCGACAAUCGUCAAAAUGGCAGGCGCCACAGCCGACAUCAUUGUCAAGCCCUUUGAGCAGUACAAACGCACCAGCGAGUCCGGCGAGAACCUCGAAGAGCAGCAGCAAGUCGAGAACACGCAAAGACACAGCCAAGCCCCCGCGUUUGCGAUGCUUCCUCUCCCUGGCGUCGGUGUUCCGGACGGGGCAGUGGCAGCAGCAUCAGCAGUAGACGAGAAAACUUCCUCGGCCCGGCCGCCGCCAUCCAGGGGUAGCCGAGACUCAUCCUCCAACGGCGGCGCAAAACCAGGCGCCAUGGCAGCAGCAGCAGCCAACGGCGUAGGCAAACUCGCGGGCAACGCGACGAAAGGUUUGCUCGUCGACAUACCCCUCGCCGUGACGGAGGGUCUCCGCGCGGUGCCGAACCUCUACGGCGAGCCCGUCCGCAAGCACGACGCCGUCGAGGGGUUCCGCAGCGGCGUCUCGGUAGCGGGCAAGACGUUUUGCCAGGACAUGAAGGGCGGGCUGACAGACAUCUUUGUUCACACGUACACGGGCAAAAAGGAGCAGGGUGCGCUGGGUGCGGCCAAGGGAUUGGGGAAGGGGGUGGUUAGUCUUGUGACGAAGAGUACUGCUGCGACGUUUGGGUUGGUUAGUUACCCGGCGCAGGGGAUCUAUAGGAGUAUCUGGGCUGCGUCGUAUGCGGAUACGAGGAGGAGCAUUGAGGAUGAGAAGUUGUUGGAGGGGGAUUGGAUGGUGUCCAUGAGCCCUGGGUGGAAGAUGGAUCAUGCUGCUAUUGUGGAGGAUUUUGAGGGGAUGAAGGGGACCAGAGGACAGUGAUGAGUGAGUUUUGCCUUGUUGGAAAGAGGUCGUAAUGGUUGUCAGCACCUCUGGCUGUGUUUUUGCAAGGCGUUGCGGUAGACGUGGGAUUAGUGUGGCUUAAGAUUGAACCAGGAACCAGGCCUUGAUCUUGACCCCGACUGUCAUCAUCCCGUGAUGGAUACCCCACAUGAUGGAUCUUCUAGAAGAAUUCGAUAGCUUAUUUCAUAUGGGUUAUUUUGCCGUGCCUAGAUCGUAC